CUCGCAAGAUGGCGGACAGUGCGGAACUAAAGCAAAUGGUUAUGAGCCUUCGAGUUUCGGAACUUCAGGUGCUGCUGGGCUACGCGGGGAGGAACAAGCACGGCCGCAAACACGAACUGCUCACGAAAGCCCUGCACCUGCUCAAGGCCGGCUGCAGCCCCGCCGUGCAGAUGAAAAUCAAAGAACUCUACCGGAGGAGGUUCCCCCAGAAAAUCAUGACCCCCGCAGACCUGUCCAUCCCCAGCGUGCACUCGAGCUCCAUGCCGGCCACGCUGUCUCCAUCCACCAUUCCACAGCUCGGCUACGACGGCCACCCCGCCACGUCCCCGCUGCUCCCCGUGUCCCUGCUGGGCCCCAAACACGAACUGGAACUGCCCCACCUCACCUCGGCCCUGCACCCCGUGCACCCCGACAUCAAACUGCAGAAACUGCCCUUCUACGACCUGCUGGACGAGCUGAUCAAACCCACCAGCCUCGCCUCAGACAAUAGUCAGCGGUUUCGAGAAACCUGCUUCGCGUUCGCUCUGACGCCGCAGCAAGUGCAGCAGAUCAGCAGUUCCAUGGAUAUUUCUGGGACCAAAUGUGACUUCACAGUACAGGUCCAGCUAAGGUUUUGUUUAUCAGAAACCAGUUGUCCACAAGAAGAUCACUUCCCACCCAAUCUGUGUGUGAAAGUAAAUGGGAAACCAUGCAGCCUUCCAGGCUACCUUCCACCAACCAAAAAUGGUGUUGAACCAAAGCGCCCCAGCAGACCAAUCAACAUUACCUCACUCGUCAGGUUGUCCACGACGGUACCAAACACAAUCGUUGUCUCCUGGACCGCGGAGAUCGGGAGAAACUAUUCCAUGGCAGUGUACCUGGUGAAGCAGUUGUCCUCCACGGUGCUCCUGCAGAGGUUGCGAGCGAAGGGAAUUCGGAACCCGGAUCACUCCAGAGCCCUGAUUAAAGAGAAGCUGACUGCUGAUCCAGACAGUGAAAUAGCAACAACAAGCUUAAGAGUGUCUCUUCUUUGCCCACUUGGUAAGAUGCGUCUGACCAUCCCCUGCAGGGCCCUGACCUGUUCCCACCUGCAGUGCUUUGAUGCCACUCUCUAUAUUCAGAUGAACGAGAAGAAACCAACCUGGGUUUGCCCUGUCUGUGACAAGAAGGCUCCCUAUGAACAUCUCAUUAUUGAUGGGUUGUUCAUGGAAAUCCUGAAGUUUUGUACAGAUUGUGAUGAAAUUCAGUUUAAGGAGGAUGGAUCCUGGGCUCCCAUGAGAUCCAAGAAGGAGGUGCAGGAAGUAACAGCAUCUUACAACGGCGUGGAUGGGUGCAUAAGCUCUUCCUUGGAACAUCAGGUGUCUUCUCACCAACAGUCAAAUAAAAAUAAGAAAGUGGAAGUGAUCGAUUUGACCAUCGACAGCUCGUCAGAUGAGGAGGAGGAGGAGCCAUCUGCCAAGAGGAGCUGUCCUUCCAUAUCUCCAGCAUCACCAUUAAAUAAUAAGGGCAUUUUGAAUUUACCCCAUCAAGCAUCUCCUGUGUCAAGAACACCAAGCCUUCCUGCUGUUGACACCAGCUACAUCAACACAUCACUUAUCCAAGACUACAGGCAUCCAUUCCAUAUGACACCAAUGCCUUAUGACUUGCAAGGUUUAGAUUUCUUCCCUUUCCUGUCAGGAGACAAUCAGCAUUACAACACCUCCCUCCUUGCCGCCGCAGCCGCGGCGGUUUCCGCGUCCGAUGAUCAAGAACUUUUACACUCCCGUUUUUUCCCCUACACUUCAUCCCAGAUGUUUCUCGAUCAGCUCAAUGCAGGAGGAAGCAGUUCCCUGCCAGCCACAAAUGGUAGCAAUAGUGGCAGUAACAGCAGUCUUGUUUCCUCCAACAGCCUGCGAGAGAAUCAUGGGCAUCCCGUUGCAAGUAGGAGCAGCACGGACACGGCAUCAAUCUUUGGUAUCAUACCAGACAUUAUCUCAUUGGACUGAUCCUUUUUGGACAGAGGAAAUCUUUGUGCUUGGUUUUUACUUUAUGUUAGAAACAUAAGACAAAGUUUUGUUUUGGUUUUGGUUGUUUUUUUUUUUUUUUCUUUUUUUUUUUUUUUUUUUUUUUUUUUUUUUUUUUUUUUUUCCUUUUUUAGGGGGAAAAAAAAAAUUUACGUGUACAGAGAACAAAAGUAUAUUUUCAGUUUUACUUUUGUAUAUAAACCUAAGAUGGCCUCACUGGUAAAAAUAAGAAAAAAAAAAAAAAACACAAAACGACAAAAAAAAUAACAAAAACAAGGAGCUUCAGUUCAUUUUUAUGGAUGCUGAAGAUUUUACACCUGUGCAUUUGUCAUGUGAGUUUCUUUUUCUUUUUUUCCCCUCUAGUUUGGACACAAAUGGCAUUAUUUUCCUCACAGUAACAUAACCAGGAAAGGAGCUGAACUUCUAAAAGUUCAGGCUUGGGAGAGAGGGUUUUUUCUCCUCUUGGAGACAUUUCCCUUCGGUGGUGGAAUCUUAAUUCCCCCAUCCCACGUUCAGUGCAGAUUUUAUUAUGCUUAAAGCAGAGUAGACCCUGCUCUGCUUCCCUUCUGUUUGCAGGACAGAGCCUUUCAGGAGUGGGUUUGGUUUUUUAGGAGUUUUUUGUCAUCUCUGUGUGACCCUUUAUUGAGACAACUUUUGAAUUCCACACUUCGAUCAAGCACGUGGCAAGUUCAUCAGUGACAGGACCUGAGGGAAAGGCAGGAAAGCUGAGUCAGGGAGGGCUAGGUUGGAUCCCAGGAGAAGGUUGUUGAGCACUGGAACAGCCUCCCCAAGGUGUGGUCACAGCUCCAGGCCUGUUCAAGGAGUGUGUAAACAACACUCUCAGGCACGUGGUGGGUUUUGGGGUGUCCUGUGCAGGAGCAGGAGUUGGACUCGAUGAUCCUCGUGGGUCCCUUCCAACUCAGCAUUUUCCAUGGCUCAGUUAUUCCUGAGGGCCAGACUCAACAAAAUCCCAGGCUGAGGAAUUCCUUGGCUCUGCCUCUGUGGGACAUUUUUAUGGAGUCCAGCCCCAAAUCCCCGUGUCAACACGUUGGACUGGAGGGUUUUCUUUCUAAGAACUUCCUAUAAAACCCUGUUCCAAUAACUUUAAGAUCUUAAUCAGCAAAAUGCUGAGCAUGUGUCAGUUUGAAAUCUGUGGAGCUGUUUGUGCUUUUCCCUUAGCCAUGCCUGUAGCAACGGCCUUGGCAAUCAGGGCCCGCCUUGUUCCCUCUGGAAAAACCUCCUUUUAGCUGCAGUGGAUCAAAAAUCUCUGCUUCCAAGUGAACUUGUCAACUGAAUACAAGGAGAAAAUCCAACUGCCAGCACACUCUUGCAUGGUUUGUGCAGCUGAUCAUGCUCUCGGGCUGCCGAGUUCACACUCAUCCCAAUGAAUAUUCAGUGUUCAGUGUGAGUCUGAAACCAAAACCCGACCCAAGCAACCACCCACCUGGAUCCCAGGGAUUCCCUAUCCAAGUCUUUUAGGGAAGUGGCUUUCGAAAUUCAGUUUUCUCUCUUUGGCCUUGGAAUUCUUUUUGCUUUCCCAGAUUUUUCAGUUGAACUUGGAGCCAUAUUUACUUCCUGGUUUCUUUUUUUUUUUUUUUUAACGUUGUGCAUGACAUAGGAAAAAUCUUUUUUUAGAACUGAUGGGUCAUUUGGGCUGAUCUGUUCUUCUUGAAGAGUGACAAAUGUGUAAAUAGCUGGAAUGCAGUUUUUCAGGAGAUUCUUUAAAGUCAGAGAAAGGGGGAGGGAAGGAAGUUGAUUCUCUUGUGUCCCAAAGUCCACGUCAGAGAGAGUUAAUAUUUCCUCUGGCAUGAAAAAUAUUUUUAUAACUGGUUGAAAGUGCAGGUAACAAGUUUAUCAGGAAAAGAGAGUUAAGGAAUACUACAAUUAGCAGAUUCUUGUCUGAAUUUUUCAUGUCCAAAACUGUUGAUUGCAGCUCUUCGCUUCGAGCAUUGACAAGGGCCACCUUUUGCCUAUGAAGUCGUCUCAGAAAAUCUUGCAUUGAUUUUAAAAAAAAAAAAAAAAGGAAAAAAAGAAAAAAAAAAGGAAAAAAGGUUUAAAAAAAAAGGAAAAAAAAAGAAAAAAAAAAUCUUUAAUCCAAGUAGCAUUAGGUAUUGCUGUAUGAUCAGUCGUAUGGUUAUUUGAAAGGUUCACAUUAUGUGGCAUCAAAAUCGUUUUUAGUGUUUUUACAGCAUCCCUCUGCCACUAAAUAGUUGACUUGAAUUUUGCAAAACAAAAUGUUUGUGUUUAUAUGUAUAUGUGUGUGUAUAUAUGUAUUUAUAGAUCCGUGUGUGUGAGUUCAAAGUGAGUUAAAUAGUUUUUCCCAUGCAUGUGUAUUUCAUACAUAUCUGGCUGAUAUAUAUAUUUCACCAUACACCAAUUUUAUAAUUUAUUAAAUGUCAGUUAAAAAAAAAAUAAAUAAAAGGAUAGAAAAUGGGAAAUACUUAUUUUUUAAACAGUCUGAUUUUGAAGUGAUUAAACCUACACUAGGAAUAUAUCUCAUACCUUGUAGUCAUGGAUACUAACCUGGUAACUUCAGAGCAUAUUUGCUAUGAUCUUUGUAAAUCUGGAGUGUGGCUGCCCUGGGUUGUUCCAGGAGCGUGUCCCAGGCUCUGGAACACCAGGAAUCCGGGAGAGCCCGCGGCUGCUUUUCCGACGCUCGUGGCGACGUUUCCAUUGACUGUGUUGUUACAGACGACCCGAAGAGCAGCUUUGUGUCACUUUUUUGGUAUUAAAAUCUUGUUAUCGCAUCCAAACUGAACCGUGGGAGUGUGUGGUAUCCCGGGAUGAGGUGACUGAUGCCUGGUUUUGGGAAGGUGAGGUCGGCCGACGGCGUCUUCCAGUUCCUGCCGGUGCCCCCCGCGGGGGGAAAGGCUCUCAGUGCCCCGCUGGCAUUUUUAACCUCAGUGCUCUGCAAAGAAGGGCCAGCAACGGUCUCCAGUCCUCCUUUGUGGUAUUAUCCAUGUGCUUUGUGAGUAUUCCUGUGUCGUGCCCGGGUGUUCCUGGAGCUGGGUAAUUCUCUGUGCCUCUGACCACGGUGAACGUUGCUUGGUAGAAGUCUCAGUCUGAGUUCUCCACCAUUCCCCGCAAACCUCACUCCAAAACUUGGCUCCUUUAGGUCACAAGUCCUGGCUUGUGCUCCUGCUCCGUUCCCUGCAGGUGGCAGUUGCUGUGAUCCUUAGGAUAGCGGUCCCUUAUCCCAGAAUUCUUCCCUGAGAGGAGUGGGAUGUGUGUUCCAGAGCUCCGUGUGUGUCCCUGCACACACAGCUCCUGGAGGAGCAGGGUGGCUUUGAGUCACUCCUGCAUCCUUUAGAAAAACCCACACUAAACUAUCCCUUAAAAACUUCCCAGCACUUCCUUAGGGAUGGAACAGCAAUCCCAGGCUUCCCCCCCUCCUCUCUGUGGCAAAGAUUCCAUAACCCUUUCAAGGAUGGGAUGGCUGAUGGCUUUUCCUUGGACUUUGGUGGACCUGCCUCCCAAAGCAGAGCUGAGGACUGUGAGGAGAACGUUUGAAAAGUUAAUUUUUAUUGCAGUUUAACAUUUCAGGGUUUUAAGCACAUUUUAAAUAGAAAAGAUUUUGGUUUUAUCAGUGUAACUUGUUUUUUUUUUUUUUUUUUUUUUUUUUUAACAGAACUUAGAUUUCUAACAAGGGAAAAUUGCUGGUGGUCCCCGAAAGUGCUGCUGUUAAUUGUUUUAAUUAACAAAGGGAAAAAAUGUAUAUAAGCAGAAUAUUAAAAAUUACCAUUAAUUCCAUGAAUUUAAACCUGUCAUUCAUUGCCUUAAGACUUUUCUCCUAGUUUCCAUACUUUGGCAUGCCAAACCAGUAAAUGGCUUUUAAAAAUGUAUAGUAGACCAAUGUCAGUUUGUAUAAAAGUACCAAGUGAAAAUAUUUAUUAUAUGCAUUGGAAAAAAAAAAACUGGUUUACCUAUUGAAUGUUACCUGUUUCUGUAGAAAUCUUUAGAUGUAAUAAAAAGCAUUCAGUUA